AUGGUCUGGAAUGUAAGAGGUGCAGGGAGCAAAAAAUUCCCUGGAAUUAUGAAAGAUUUAGUUAAAAUUCACAAGAUUGAGAUUCUUGUUAUUUUGGAGCCUAGAAUUAGUGGCAACACUGCCCUCAAUGUUAUUAAGAAACUUGGUUUUUCUAAGUAUCAUGUUGUCGAUGCUAAUGGUUUUUCAGGGGGCCUUUGGAUGCUUUGGAAUGAGUUGGUUUCCUGCAUUGACAUAGUUGCCUACUCUAGGCAGUCUAUUACAGCUCUAGUUAAAAUGAAUCAUGGUGAUUGGCUUUUUACUGCAGUGUAUGCGCACCCUUGCCCUGGCAUUCGAAGACAAUUAUGGAAUUAUCUGGAUGGGAUUGCCUCAGCUUCAAACCUUCCUUGGAUGAUUGCUGGGGAUUUCAAUGAAUUGGUCAAUAAUUCUGAAAAAUGUGGUGGUAACCCCUUUUCUCAUCGGGGUGGGCUUGUGGAUUGGAUUGAUAGAAAUCAAUUGAUUGAUCUUGGCUUUAUUGGUGCUCAGUUUACUUGGUGUAGACAAAAUGAUAAUGGUGUCCUCACUUGGGAAAGAUUGGAUCGUGGUCUUUCCAACAUUGAUUGGAGACAUAAAUUUCCUGAGGCCUUUGUCAGACAUCUUCCUAGGGUCAAGUCUGAUCAUUGUCCUCUGCUGAUAAGCCUUCAGUCAUCUCACCUCCCAUGCGCUAAUGUCAAGCCUUUUAGAUUUCAAGCCAUGUGGCUCCUGCACCCUACCUUUCGGAGCUUUGUGGCUGAGAAAUGGGCUGAUUGUACUUGA